AUGAGCAACGAACCAUGGCUAGACAGUCUUUCGGACGACUGGCCGUCAGAACAAGCCACGCCUAAGACACCGGGUCCAGAUAUCGAAUCACCUUUGAAAUCCGGUUUAUCUACACCUCGUCGCAAUAGUGUGCAGAAUUCCCCCAGUCGAAUUCCAGUCCCUGCUGCCCGCCGAUCGGUGAAACGAGAUUCCCUGUUUGCCAAAGGGAAGGUUACUCGCCCAUGCCAUUUCAUAAAGCGAGAGCCUCCAACCCCCAAAACCCCGCGCACUCCUAAGAAUCCUUCCAAAUUGCGAUCCACGACACCCUCAAAGUCAGCCCCGAAGAGCCCCCAGAGUCCAAAACCCAGCCCGAAGUCCGUCAAAACACCAAAAACCACCAAGACCGGCGCAAAGCCCACUCCGGGGCCCGCGGCCAAACAACCGCCGACCAUGGAUACACGAUCCCCGCUACGAGCGGUGUCAAAUGUAUCUGUCCAGUCAGCCCAGUCAGACUAUGAAGCGACCGAUACAGUUCAGAUCAAACCAAAGAAGACCCAGGACGAGGGAGCGCUGACCCCAGAAUGGAGGAAGCGACUAGUGCGCGGGGAGAUUCCAGUGGGUGACCAGCGUGAUCUGUUCGCGCCCAUUGGUCUUGAGAGCGUGUUUAAACCGCCCACACCUGGAUCGGGAGCUGGUCAGCAAGAGUCUAUUCCCUUCAAGCGGCAUGAUGAUCAGUUGUGGGAUUUCACCGACGCGACAUCCAGACAAGAGAAUACAAAAGAGGAGGGGCCUGAAUAUGAAAAUAAUGAAGGCUUGGACGGUGAUAAUGGGGACUACUUCUCGGGUACUGGCAUAGAGUCACCGUUUGGCACAGUCAACCAUCGGGCACUUUGGGCCGACAAGCGCCCGCGAAGCAUGCAAGCAGACCAGUCGGAGUUAUCACUCGGCGGGGACACCGAUAUUCGGACGGCGAGUGGCCUGGAAGAUCUUCGCAAUGAGGGAAUUACACCGAUUACAUUCACCCGAAACAAUACGAUAGAAGGCAAUGCCACGUCAGAGGUGAUCAAAUCGGCACUGAAACAAGUUACCGACAAGCUUGAGAGCCUGUCAAUAAACACCAGCCGCCCCGACUCUCCCGCCAGCGAUGGCUUUCUAUUCUAUAACCAUAGCGAUCAUCGGCCGGAAGGGUCACCUCAUGAGGACAGUCUACUGGAUGUGACAAGUCACUCCUUGCCGCAAGAUCUCUCAAUGGGGACAUUGGACUUUAGUCGCCGUAAAGUUCACCGUCCUUUCCAUCCUCAAUUUUCUCCUUCGCCCUUUCCUUCUCAUCUCAUAUCCCCGGAGAUUCUUGCCAACGCCAAAACCCGCAGUUCUCCUUUGUUCAACCGCUCUCCCAAAAACGGAUCUCCUGUAUUGCCCAGGCCUUCUUCCUCUCAUGUCCGUCCCUCUACAUCGGGAGAUGCAACAUCAAAACAGGGAACAAUGCCGUCGUCCGGAAGUCCAUUAAAGCUGUUCGGAGAACAUGACACCUUUACAAAUAAUCGCCUUCUUCGACGAAUGAGUCAAUUCGAAGAAACAUUUGGGAAUGACUCUGGCUCGGACGGAGAUGACCCACCAUCCCCAUCAGAAGAAGCCCGCCGCAAGGGGGAAAACCGUAGUCUGCUCAGCGCUCGACAUGAACCAUUGAGUGAAAUCAGCCCUCGCAGACAUGAGCGUGGCUCCUCUCGGAAUAUUAUGCGCCCGCGUCUCACCCGAUUUGGGGAUGGCGAAUUGGACAAGUUCGGGUUUUCGGAUACGAGCCCCUACGAACAUAAAUUGAAUUAUGACAAUCCAAAGCCCUUGGGAUCUCGCCUGACAUCAAGAAGGGUAUCCUCAAAUCGUCAGCAAUACCUCCGUCAAGGCUCACAACCGGGUUCAUUGCGAUAUACCAGAUCAGCAAGCUCUAGCUUCACUCGGAAGCCAUCUGCCUGGACGCGCCAAAGCUAUUUCGACCACAUUCGGGAACUGACAGGUUCUUCGCGUAUCAACCAGAAGGAGAAUAUUGGAUUCCCAGAGACCAAGAGGGUUCCUAAAGCGGCAGCUAUAGACCCUACCCCCAAGCGCCGACGAACUAUUUUGCGAGAUGACAGUGCGGAGCCAGAGCAUCCUCUCCCGAAUGGAGACCCUGCCACUAAGUUUGGAGAUAGCAUGUCACUAUUGCAAAGGAGUCUCAUGCAACAGGGCGUUCAGCUGGAGAAUAGUGAAUACCUUGCUCCCCCGGGCUUUUCCCAGUCUAUGCAGCGACCUAGAACACCAACUCCGAGUCAGCUACGGUCCACACACGAGGCAACGAUCCUCCCCAGUAGGGAUUAUUCCGAGUCCAAUUUCGACGAUCUCGACUAUUCGGAUUCCUUUUCUAUUGAAGGUGAUAUCCAUAUCCCUCUCGUCAAGAUUACAGGAACAAGCGACACGUCUCGAAAGGGAUCUAUCACGACGCAGGAUUACUUGCACGAAGCCACAAAGAUAAUGGAUCUUAUUCGAGCCAAAGGUCGACCUGGGCCUGGAGCUGCUGGGUUGACAAGUGUACAAGAAUCCGACGGAGACAGCGAAGAAGAUGACUUCAGUUAUGAUGACGAAUCUACUCGCGAAGCCUUCUCUCGACCCCCGAGCCGAGAUGGUACCAACUUGGAUCUCCGCAAAAUGCGCGAGGUCAAGGAAUUGAACCCUCAAAUUCUCAAUUACCUUAAGCAAUACCAAGAAAGGGAGGAUGGAGAAUUCGAUACCGCUGGAUCGGCAUUAUCAUUGAACCCAGACCUGAAGCCAGAUUCUUCUGGUUCCCGGCGAUUGGUUUCAGCCUCCAGAAAACGCAAACCAAGCGUGCCUGGAGAUGAUAUAGCAGAAACCAUUGCUCAUGACCUGAUGACUAUCAACACUCAAAUGUCUGGUUUCAGCGUCCACUCUGUUCCCACAGGAUCUUCUCAAAAUUCCCAAGCUAAGGGCGUCCUAUCGUCCGACAUGGUCGCUCAUCUGAUCCCUGAGCAAAUCAAUGGUUUCACAUACGACCGAUCGAAAAAUAUUUGGGUUAAAGACAGUGCAGAAGAACCUGUUCCUCAAGUAUCUCACGAGGACGAUAACGAUCCCUUCCAGGAUAUUCCUGACUUGAGCGUGGAUGAGUUGCAAGAAAUGAUACGAGUACGUGGCCUUGCCUCUUCGUCUAAGCGUCCAUUGGCUAGCCAAACGGAAGAUCUACCAGCGCAUCCCGCUCUGAUGCCUGGCAGAUCGCCCAAAAAGGGGGAUGUUCGACCACACACACGGGAUGGAGAGCCCUCAGUCAAUACCAGCUCGAUGCGGUCCAGACUUACUCGCUUCACAUCAAGUGUUCCCAAUUCUGGGACCAGAGCGACUUCAUGGGGUACAGACGAGAUCCAGGCCAGGAAAGAGUCUGGUGGGAAGCCCAUGGAACCACUCACUGAGGAGGAUGGUCAGCCAGACAGCAAAAAUCAGACCCACGAUGCGACACUAUCCUUCUCAUCGCCUGUUGCAUCAGAUGGCGAGGGUGCUCCAAUUCCAGAUGCCGAGCUGAGAGAGCCAGUCCAGUAUGAAAAGAUGAAACAAAGUGGAAACUCGCGCCCUGCACACCCACCUGCUCACCGAGAAACAUCCGUGGAAGGCCAACCAUUUGUCGGGCGCCCGGUAUCCAGAAUCGAGGAACGCAACGAGGAGGGAACCGAAGACUCUGAUGUUGCUGAGGCCAACGAAUCUCUGGCUAUCAAAAAGACCCCCCGGUGGCGGCGAAACCGUCGAGAGAUCUCUGUCAAUCAACCUGACCAUCACUUGAAUUUGGAAAUGAGCUAUGUCGCCAACCGCAGCCACCCAACAUCCCUGAGACAAGUUCAUGGAACAUUUGCUCUAACAACAGAAGACUUGAUCAGGCAUAUCACGGAUGUAGAGCCUUAUGAGCCAUACUGGGAGCAUGUACGCCGUCUGGUUCUGCGUCAAAAGGGGCUCAUCACUCUGCACAAAUUGAGUGAAUUUUGCCCUCGUCUUGAGGAUCUAGAUGUAUCCGAUAACGAGAUUGGGCAGUUAAGUGGAGUUCCAGCAAGCCUUCGAACGCUCAAGAUUCCCAGGAACUGUCUUUCUAAUCUCACAUCAUGGGGUCACUUGACCAACCUGCAAUAUCUCGACAUCUCUGGGAACGACAUUGAAACUCUAGAUGGGUUCUCUGGCUUGAUUCAUCUCAGAGAACUAAAAGCAAACGACAAUCAAAUUCGGAGCAUUGAAGGGAUCGUUGGUCUCAAUGGCUUGCUCAGCCUGAAGCUGAGUAAUAAUUCUCUAACUUCGGUGGAUUUCGAGGGGUCCGAAUUGACUCGACUUCGUGAUCUCGACUUGAGCCACAACUGCUUGACUGCGGUCCGGAACAUCGACUGGCUACCAUCCCUGGCUACCCUUGAUGUCAGCGCGAAUGAGAUCAGUCAAUUGGAGACGUCAACGUCCCUCAUCAGCUUGCGUGCACUACGACUUUCUGGGAACUGCCUGACCACCUUAGAUAUGAGGAAUCUAUCUACUCUGAGCUUGUUGUAUGCUGACAACAACGCCCUGUCAACGAUCACUGGACUAGAGCACUGCCAUAAUUUGGAAGUGCUUUCUUUACGUGAACAAAUCAGACUGGAGGACAAGAGCUCGAGUAUCAUCUUGGAUCUUGAUCUCGGGUCCGUGAAGGACGUUCGGAAAGUGUUUUUAUCAUCGAACAAACUUGCAUCCCGAGUCCUUUCGCCAUCGUCUCCUCUUUUACGACUCCAGCUACUUGAUAUUGCUGCAUGUACCUUACCGGUUCUUCCAAGCGGCUUUGCCUCAAGCUUCCCGAAUCUCAAGGUUUUGAAUAUGAACUUCAAUUCUCUUACUGAGCUGGAGCCAUUAGUUGGAAUGAACUGUCUUGCCAGGGUGAUGAUGGUUGGAAACAGACUUUCCAGAAUGCGACGAGUUUGUCAGAUUUUGAGUCGACUUGGUCGAACUCGACCGGGUAACCCGUGUUCCCUCCGCAAACUCGACAUUCGCGGUAACCCUCUGACAAUUGGCUUUUAUCCUCCUGCUGUGACUGGAAAUGGAUCGAAUGCCGAGCGCAAGAAGUUGAAGGAUCAAGAGAAGGCACUUGCCCGUCAGCAAGAAAGCCGUCAAGAUCUGUCUGAGGCUUUGGCUGACCUUGAUCACAAUGAUCACGGCUCCCAGGCUGUCACCUGGGAGGAUGAUGCGAAGCCUGAUCGAGAUAUUGAUAUCAACGAUCCGUUUACCCUUCCUCCCGCAGACAAGGAGAUGGAUGACAAAUAUCUCGGUCACUUGGAUCGUGGUACUCGACUUCGCCGGCGUGUUCUGGAGCUUUUACUCUAUGCUGGCACGAGUGGCUCCCUAAACAUGCUUGAUGGAUUAGAGCUCCGUCCCACACUGGGCGGUGAGUCCUCUGACAUGGGACAAGCGUGGAAUAAGCUUGAGAACCUGGGUGUUCUUCGGAGAAAAGCAAUUACUGAAAAGGUGUGA